CGCAUCUGCAGCUAGCAGGCUAGAAACCGAGACAGAGCAGGCGGCGGCGGCGCAGCGAACGAGCAGUGACCGUGCUCCUACCCAGCUCUGCUCCGCAACUCCCACCUGUCUCCGCCCCUCGGCCCCUAGCCCGGCUUUCACUCUCCUCGACUAUGAUGUUCUCGGGCUUCAACGCUGACUACGAGGCGGCUUCUUCCCGCUGCAGCAGCGCCUCCCCAGCUGGGGACAGUCUCUCCUACUACCAUUCGCCGGCCGAUUCCUUCUCCAGCAUGGGUUCUCCCGUCAAUACGCAGGACUUCUGUACGGAUCUUGCUGUCUCCAGUGCCAACUUCAUCCCAACGGUGACUGCCAUUUCGACCAGCCCGGACCUGCAGUGGCUGGUGCAGCCCACCCUGGUCUCCUCCGUGGCCCCAUCGCAGACCAGAGCCCCCCACCCGUAUGGGGUCCCCACCCCCGCUGCUGGAGCUUACUCCAGGGCUGCAGUAGUGAAGAGCAUGAAUGGAGGCAGAGCGCAGAGCAUCGGCAGGAGGGGCAAGAUGGAACAGUUAUCUCCUGAAGAAGAAGAGAAAAGGAGAAUCCGGAGGGAAAGAAAUAAGAUGGCUGCAGCCAAAUGCCGAAACCGGAGGAGGGAGCUGACUGAUACACUCCAAGCGGAGACAGACCAACUUGAAGAUGAGAAAUCUGCUUUGCAGACUGAGAUUGCCAACUUGCUGAAGGAGAAGGAGAAACUAGAGUUCAUCCUGGCGGCUCACCGACCUGCCUGCAAGAUCCCCGAUGACCUGGGCUUUCCAGAAGAGAUGUCUGUGUCGUCCCUGGAUUUGAGUGGGGGUCUGCAGGAGGCUGCCACCCCAGAGUCUGAGGAGGCCUUCACGCUGCCCCUGCUCAAUGACCCUGAGCCCAAGCCAUCGGUGGAGCCUGUCAAGAGCGUCAGCAGCAUGGAACUGAAGGCAGAGCCCUUUGAUGACUUCAUGUUCCCCGUGUCAUCCAGGCCCAGCGGCUCUGAGACCGCCCGCUCCGUGCCAGAUAUGGACCUGUCUGGUUCCUUCUAUGCAGCAGACUGGGAGCCCCUGCACAGCGGCUCUCUGGGGAUGGGGCCCAUGGCCACAGAGCUGGAGCCCCUGUGCACCCCAGUGGUCACCUGUACUCCCAGCUGCACUACUUACACGUCUUCCUUCGUCUUCACCUACCCAGAGGCUGACUCCUUCCCCAGCUGCGCCGCUGCCCACCGCAAGGGCAGUAGCAGCAAUGAGCCUUCCUCUGACUCACUGAGCUCACCCACGCUGCUGGCCCUGUGAGCGGGCAGAGAAGGGGAGGCAGCAGGCACCCAAGUGCCACUGCCUGAGUGGUGCAUUACAGAGAGGAGAAACACGUCUUCCCUCGAGGGUUCCCGUAGACCUAGGGAAGACCUUAUCUGUGCGUGAAACACACCAGGCUGUGGGUCUCAAGGACUUGAAAGCAUCCACAGGUGGACUCAAGUCCUUACCUCUUCCGAAGAUGUAGCAAAACGCAUGGAGUGUGUAUUGUUUCCAGUGACACAUCUGAGAGCUGGUAGUUAGUAGCAUGUUGAGCCAGGCCUGGGUCUGUGUCUCUUUCUCUUUUUCCUUAGUCUUCUCAUAGCAUUAACUAAUCUAUUGGGUACAUUAUUGGAAUUAACUUGGUGCUGGAUAUUUUCAAAUUGUAUCUAGUGCAGCUGAUUUUAACAAUAACUACUGUGUUCCUGGCAAUAGUGUGUUCUGAUUAGACAUGACCAAUAUUAAACUAAGAAAAAGAUAUGACUUUAUUUUCUAGUAGAUAGAAAUAAAUAGCUAUAUCCAUGUACUGUAGUUUUUCUUCAACAUCAAUGUUCAUUGUAAUGUUACUGAUCAUGCAUUGUUGAGGUGGUCUGAAUGUUCUGACAUUAACAGUUUUCCAUGAAAACGUUUUAUUGUGUUUUUAAUUUAUUUAUUAAGAUGGAUUCUCAGAUAU